CAGCUUACGAUUCUGGAUGAACUUGGCUCCUAAUGCACUCUUCAUCAUCAGCCUCUUUUAUCUUGCUUAUACAGUCCAUGAACCCCUGGAGCACUGAGAGCUUAGAUACGGUGAUUCAAAAUUUCAAGGCAGCGACAAAGAAGUUGCAUUAUAAUGUAUCCUUCGAAAGACAAGUUAGGGAACAUAAUGAGCGCGAGAAAAUCAAGGAAGAUCGAGAAGAGGACAGGAGGAAGGACGAGCAAAAGUUGAUAGCUAAAUUGGAACACACGAAGAAAAGAUUCCUCAAGACAAUGCCCCAUAUCAAGUAUCAAGACAAGCACGAAUGUUACAGAGCCAUAUUAAGUUCUGGUCGUCCAGCGCCGGGACAAUGGCUCUUACGCAACCAGUCCUAUCAGUUCUGGCGGAAGUGUCCAACCGGAACAAUUGACCCCGCAUUGCAUCUGCUAUGGGUUAGCGGAAAACUCGGAAUAGGCAAAACAGUGUUAGCUUCUGUCAUCAUAAACGAUCUCAAGUCCAUGGAGAGCGUCGAGACCAACAUCGCAGUUGCCUAUUUCUAUUGCGAACGUGAUCAGCCGAGUAAAAUCAAUCCUUUAAACAUUUUGGGAACAAUACUUUAUCAGCUUACGUCCUUCCUCUCGGCCAACUCUCAGACUAUGAAGACUCUGUAUGACGAACACAUCCUUCCUGCGACAGUCUCAGAUCUAGCAGUUCUGCUCAACAUUGUGUUGGAAGGUCCAGGUCAACGUUAUAUUGUCAUCGAUGCGCUUGAUGAGUGUCCGGAUGUUGCUUUGCAGCAACUACUUCCGGUUCUGGUUUCACUGUCUCGCAAGGCGUUGAUAUUGGUUACGACUCGCCCUAUCGCUCCACUCAUCGAGCCAGCCUUCCAAGGAAGUCUCCGAUCAACAAAGGUGACCGUGACUGACCGCGACGUAAAUCCGGACAUCAAACAGUAUAUACAACAGUGUAUUGUCACUGCUGGUCAGGACCAGGCCAGACAUCACAUCCAAAACUUCGGACCAGUGAUCAAGAUUAAAGACCUCUCCCUCCGGGAGGAAAUCAUCAAGACACUAACCGACAACGCUGAGGGAAUGUUCCUCUGGGUGCGACUGCAGGUUCAACACCUUUCCGAACAGCGCACCGACCACGACAUUCGAACGUCACUGCAGGAGCUGCCGGGAAGUCUAGCUGCGACCUAUAUUCGGUCUCUUGACUAUAUAUACCAUCUAGACAAAAAGCGUCAAAAACGUGUACAAGGCAUCUUUCAAUGGCUGAUAUGCGCUAGCUCUCCGUUGAACACUGAGCUGGUUCGUCACGCCAUAGCGGUCGAUGAAAUGUCGGAUUAUUGGGACCCAUCGAUGGUGGUAACAAGUUGCAACGAUCUAAUUUCGGACUGUGCCCAUCUCGUUGAAUUUACCGCUACUCCGCAAUCGAAGGACAAGGAUUCCAAAACGAUGUCCACCAUACAGUUCGUUCACACAUCUGUGAAAGAUUUUCUGGUGAACCUCUCGACCAAGAACUCAGCUCCACAUCUGUCCCUUUUCGCAUUCCGCUCUCUACCUUCCGCACACCACACAGUUUUUCAGUCAUGCUUCAAGCAUUUGUCGAUGCUUGAAAAGAGGGCCGAAGGGCCUGAUCCAUGUCCCGAGUUGUCUGAAUAUAUUCGGGGUCCUAAUUGCCUGUUACACAUGUACAAUGCGGACAAUGGGGAUAACCGUGAAUUAGAGACCUUGACACGAAGCUUUCUUGCAAUGCUGUCUAUGAGGACUUCGCCUAUUCCAAGCGUGUCACAUGACAAUGACAAAGCCGACAUUAGAGGCCCUACGGCAUUGCACAUAGCAGCCGGUCUAUAUUGCUCUAAUGUUAUGGGCCACCUGCUCACUAGCAGCUUUGGGUUUAGCCUCACGGAAUGUGACAAAUUUGGCCGGACACCACUCCAUUACGCCGCCGGUCGUCUCUUCAAACGUCUUCGAGUCGCUGAUAACGGAUACAGCUGCAUACGGUUGCUUCUCGAGGCAAAAGCAGACGUCAACGCUGUCGAUAAAGAUGGUCGCACAGCGUUGCACUAUAUUGCCCAACUAGGGGUGGGACACAGGUUCAUGCAAGACCGUCUCCACCCAGAGUCACCUAUCCAGUUGCUCCUUCAGAAAGGUGCAAAUCCAAACAUCUGUGAUGUUCAAGGAGAAACAGCUCUCCAUUGCGCGUCAAGGUGUAAGUGGGUUGAUAAGCAUAUUCUGCAGGUCCUCCUUGCCAAUCACGGUGAUCCGAACAUCCCAAACAAGAACGGAGAAACAUGCCUUCAUGUUCUGAUGAUGAACGAGAUGCCAGACAACGAUGCUCUAAAGACGCUUCUGGAUGGUGGUGCGAAACCAGAUGCCCGAGAUGCGAAUGGCAAAACACCUCUGCACAUUCUGGUUGAGCAAAGCCGAUUCUUCAGGAAUCUCGUUCAGACCGUGAAGGUACUGCUUGAAUGUCCGGCCGGUUUGGACGUCAAUGCAUGCGACAAGGAAGGAAUGACACCUCUGCAUAUUCUAGCUCGUGACAAGGGUCCCCUUUAUAUUCGCAGGCGGUAUCCGAAGGGGGCGGCAAGUGUUGCGAAUGACAUCUUGAAAUUAUUGCUCAGACACGGUGCGGAUGUCAGUGCGCAGGAUUUGAAAGGUUCUACACCAUACCAGAUUAUUGAGGUUAUUGUCAAGAAGGAUAGGAUUGCAGCGGUGGUGUCAAGCCAAGACAUGUCGGAGCAGGCUUCGAUUCAAGCAUGGGCCUCCUUACCACCAUCAUGGGAGGAGACAGAGCAGAGUGAGCCUAUAUAUCCUUUCCGUAGUAUCCCUGUGGGUGUUUGAGUUUAGGGUCCAAUUUUACUGCUCAAAUUCCAUAGAAUUGCAAUUCCGAAUGCACUACUUAGUAGGAUACCGCGCUUUGAUCCCGAUUCAUUUGAAUAAAUGUCUCUCCCAGAAACAAUGAGACCUGAGCUUGAGGAAGGACGGAAGGGAUUAUGAUUAUUAGUCGAUGUGGCUCUUGAUGCGUCUGCAUGACAGGGGAAAGGACAGAGAUUAUGUUUGGAGGACAACGGUAACGAGCGAAUGGUGUUACCUGUCGCAGGAUA